GCUUUAAGAGCUCCACAGCUUCAGCUGCCGUUGCCCAUUUUACCAUGCACACUUCCAACGCAGAAUUACAGGUACCCUCGUUCUGGCCCUGUGUAUAUAUAUGAGAUAUAUUUAUAUGUGCAAUAUAUACUAGAAUCUUCAAAACAAUGGUCUGCCAUGAGCACUGAGAUCCACAAAGGAAGCGGCAAAUGACAAUAUAUUCUGCUGAAUGUUUUCCUCACUGUCUUGCCUUCGCCACUCAUCUGAAACCCACUUCCCGGUCUGGUGGAAAUACUGUUGUUGGCUUCAGAAAUCCCUCACCAAAAGUUAAGGUUUCUGCUAAAACAAAGCCAACCCUUUUGCAAUCCUAUGAUUUCAAGGAAACCCAUUUGAUGAAACUGCUCAAUAGGUCCUGCAAAUCAGGGAAACACAGUGAGGCACUCUACUUUCUCGAGUGUAUGGUGAGCAAGGGUUACAAGCCAGAUGUGAUUCUCUGUACAAAGCUCAUCAAAGGGUUCUUCAAUUCCAACAAUUUGGGAAGAGCAGUUAGGGUUUUAGAAAUUUUGGAGUCAUACGGUGAACCUGAUGUUUUUGCCUAUAAUGCCCUGAUUAGUGGGUUUUGUAAGGUAAAUCAGAUUGGAUCAGCCAAUCAAGUGUUGAACCGGAUGAGAAACCGAGGCUUCUCGCCGGACGUUGUGACUUACAAUAUAAUGAUUGGGAGUCUUUGUAGUAGGGGGAAGUUGGGAUUGGCCUUGAAGGUUUUGGAUCAGUUGUUGGAGGAUAAUUGUCAGCCUACUGUGAUAACCUAUACAAUUUUGAUAGAAGCAACUAUUCUCCAAGGAGGCAUAGAUGAAGCAAUGAAGCAAUUGGAUGAGAUGUUAUCGAGAGGGCUUCAACCCGAUAUGUAUACUUACAAUGCCAUAAUCAGGGGAUUGUGCAGGGAAGGGAUGUUGGAUAGGGCUUCUGAGUUUGUUAGGAGCUUACCGGCUAAUGGUUGCAAACCGGAUGUGAUCUCAUACAAUACGAUGUUGAGGGCAUUAUUGAGUCGGGGGAAAUGGAGUGAUGGGGAGAAGCUUGUAGCCGAGAUGUAUGCCAGAGGUUGUGAGCCAAAUGUUGUUACUUUCAGCAUCUUGAUAAGCUCCCUUUGUCGAGAAGGCAAGAUCAAUGAGGCGGUUACUGUCUUGAAGCUUAUGAUGGAAAAAGGAUUGAGUCCUGAUACAUACAGUUAUGACCCGUUGAUUUCUGCGCUAUGCAGAGAGGGGAGGUUAGAUUUGGCUAUAGAGUUCUUGGAUUAUAUGAUCUCUAAUGGUUGUCUCCCGGAUAUUGUGAACUACAACACAAUCUUGUCUGCCCUGUGUAAGAAUGGAAAUGCUGAACAGGCUAUGGAACUGUUUGAGAAGCUUGCUGUUAUAGGUUGUCCUCCGGAUGUGAGUUCUUAUAACACAAUGUUCAGUGCUUUAUGGAGCAAUGGGGAUAAAACUAGGGCCUUGAGUGUGUUUUGUGAGAUGACAAACGAGGGGAUUAAUCCCGAUGAGAUUACAUACAAUUCACUCAUAUCCUGUUUCUGCAGGGAUGGAAUGGUGGAUGAGGCUAUCAAGGUGUUGGCCGAAAUGGAAGAGAGUCGAUUCCCACCAACAGUCAUCACUUACAACAUUGUGCUUCUUGGGUUGUGCAAAGCUCAUAGAAUGGACGAUGCCAUUAGCAUGCUAGCAGAAAUGGUCAGAAAGGGCUGCCGGCCAAAUGAAACUACAUACAUCCUGUUGAUUGAAGGAAUUGGCUUUGCAGGAUGGCGACCCAAGGCCAUGGAACUGGCAACCUCCCUUCAUUCAAUGAACAUCAUUUCAAAAAAUUCAUUCAAACGUUUGAACAAAACUUUUCCUUUGCUCGGUGUUUAUGAAGAAGUGGCUCAUACAGGAAUCAACAAGUAGCUUCCUUUUGGUGUUUCUCUAUCUCCAAAAUGGACUCUCUUGGAAUUAUCCCAUCUCCAUGGCACUUCCUCUCAACUCGAAGGCAAGCACGUUGAGGGAAAUUCGGUUAUUUGAUUCAACUUUGCACGACUGAUUAGUGCAAUGAUCAGGGUGACUGUCCAUGCCAAAGAACUGAAAAUGUUUCCAUUCGGCAUUUCAGCUUCCUGAAACAUGAAGUUCAGUAUUCUUAUUCUAUCGCGCAAGCAGGUGGACAAAAUUUCUGCUUUAAUACUAAUUGGGGAUAACUUGGUUUUGUUCCUAUCCACAUCUGAAGCUAAUUAUGCAGCAAGCAAGUAGCAUAACAGGCAACAAAAGAGAAACCAUGGCUAAGGGACUAGCUGAAAGAGAAGCCAUGGCUAAAGGACUAGCAUAGUUUGGCUUUGAGCAAUGACAGUAGGAAUUGACGCACUACAUAGUGAUCAUCACAAUGCCAUUACAUAGCCAAGAAAGGAACUCGAGUUUCCAUUGGUAAAUGGGAAUUGAUGCACUAAGUACCUGUCAGUGCCUCCUCUGUAUUUACUCUCUAAUCUUAUGGAUAUUUGUCUUUGUAAGAGUUUCAUGGCAGAGUGUAGAUAAACUCUUUAUGUUUCAUUGUGUUCGUCUUUUGCCUUCUCAUGUAUUUAUUUCUAUUUUGUAUAAAAUACCUAUUUUCCCCCUUCCA